UGAGAGGUCGCCGCCUCCCAUUGGUCGGACCCGCCUGCCGCCUGUCAUUGGCUGGCGGGGUCUUGCCGUGCGCGGGGGUGAGAGGUCGCGGCGUGGUUCUGGGCGAGACGGACCGAGCGGGCAGCGAUGUCCCACUGCCGGCAGCAGGGCAAAGACAGGAUCAUCUUCGUCACCAAGGAGGAUCACGAGACUCCGAGUAGUGCUGAGCUGAUUGCAGAUGAUCCCAACGACCCUUACGAAGAUCAAGAUGAAGAUUGGCGUUAUCUGUCGAGUACAUUAACACGUACAGUGAAAUGUGUCGUUUGUAUCAACGACGGACACAGUCCGAGGACGUGCUGGGGCAGCCCAUGUUUCUGGUGCCCACAGAUUACUGAUCCAAAUCUGGACGUCUUUGUGUGUGGAAGCUGGAUACCCGGAGGAGACCCACAUGGUCACAGGGAGAAUUACAAACUCCUUACAGACAGUGGCAGGGGUUGACAAUAGGACAAGGGAGCAGAAUAUGCCGUGUCAUUGUGGCUGAUUAAUUUUUCCUCUCAGCCCUAAAUCUUCUGCUUUCUCCCCAUAGCCUUUGACACCCUUACUAGUCAAGAACUCAUCAACCUUUGAUUUAAAUGCACCCAGUGACGGCCUCCACAGCUGUCUGUGGCAAUGAAUUCCACAGGUUCACCAGCUCCUGGCUAAAUUCCUCCUCAUCUCUGUUCCAGAUACAUGUCCCUCUAUUUAGAGGCUGUGCUUCUGGUCCUGGACUCCCCCAUUGUAGGAAACAUCCUCCACAUCCACUAGCUAAGGCUUUUGAUGUUCAACGGGUUUCAAGAAGACCCUCCCCACCUCAUGGCCAUCCUUUGAAAUGCAAUUGGAUCUGGUCUCUGGCACUGUAAGGUGUUAUGCCAACCCCUGUGCUGCCCUAAGGAGGGGGCUCUUCUGCCCCAGUACCUCUGUUGGAGGUAGUUAAAGAACCCGAAUGCGAUGUCAGCAUUCCUUUCAGGAGGACGGGAACAAGAAUGUGAUGCUGAGGCUCUGGUCAGACCGCACACAGACUUUUGUGCCCCUGUUUAAAGAAAGGAUGUGCUGACAUUGGGGAGGUUCACGAAAAUGAUUCCGGGAAUGAAAAGGUUAUCAUAUAAAGGAGUGUUUGAUCUGUGUCUGAACUCGCUGGCGUUUGGAAUAAUGAGGGGUGAUCUCAUUGAAACCUAUCGAAUAUUGAAAGGCCUAGGUGGAGAGGAUGAUGGCGUGUGAGUCUAGCCUCAAAAUAGAGGGGCAAUAAUUUAGUACAGAGACGAGGAAUUUCUUUGGCCAGGAGGUGGAGAAUUUGUUGCCACAGGUGGCUAUGGAUGCCAGGUCAUGGUGAAUUUAAAGAGGAGGUUGAUAGGCUCUUGAUUAGUCAGGGCAUGGGGCUGUGGUGAGAAUGGAGUUGAGAGUUGAACAGACUCGAUGGGCCAUUUCUGCUCCUAUGUAUUAUGGUCUUUUGAAAGAUCAGAGGUUUCCAAACUUUUCUAUGGCAUGAAGCAAUCCCAUUGAGCAAGGGGCCCUUGGAACCCCUGACCUAGAUGGAGUGGAUGUGGAGUGCACUGGUUGCAUAAGGGUGUUGUAGCCGGGGGUGGUAAUGGGGACAAGCUCCCACUACCUAUUAAAUGCUCCCAGUGCUGUGCAUAUCAAAUAGCCUCUGACAACCAGAUCCUGCUCCUGGCCGUCACGUGUGGCUCAGAUAGUAAGCCUGGCAGAACCGUUUCUACUGACAGGACAAGGGGCAGAGGCGGGUUACAGGUGCCUUAAAACCAAUCGCUUUGGGCAGGUGGGGCUCAUCAGCCGUGGUUGGCAGCUCAUCUAGGAGAAGGAAAUCUCUGAUCCCAUCUGUCCACCGCCUCACGGCUACACCCACUCAUGGGGAGGGCUUUGGCAUUAAACCCUGAGGAAAAAUCUGGAGCUGGAGCCCCUAAGGCAAUCCUACACAGAGCUUACACUGACUGGCGGCUCCCGCGACCCUGCUGGUGCCAAACUCUAUCGGUCUCUGCUGCUACGUGCUUGCUGUACAUACCGUACAGCCCUGGCGUGCGUAUCACAUAGAAGCUGGAAUGCAGCAUCCACAGUCGACCCCGACCCUGACCUCUGGAAUACGUGUUUCUAAUCGUGGGGGAGUCUAGGACCAGAGGGCAUAAGCAUAUACCUUUAGGACAGAUGAGAGGGAAUAUCUUUAGCCAGUCUGUGGAAUUCAUGGUCACAGCUGACUGUGGGGGACAGAUCAGUGGGUAUAUUUCAAGCAGAGAUUGAUAGAUUCGUGAUUAGGUGGGUUAAGGGGAGAAGGCAAGAGAAUGGGGUUGAGAGGAAUAGGGGAUCAUGAUGGGCCGAAUGGCCAAAUUCUGCUCCUAUGUCUUAUGGUCUGUACUUCCCCCGGCGCCCUUCCUAACGCGGUGUCUCUCUGUGCUUGCAGGACUGAUCUUACCGAAUGGAGAUAUUAACUGGAAUUGCCCGUGCCUGGGAGGCAUGGCCAGCGGUCCCUGUGGUGGGCAGUUCAAGUCUGCCUUCUCCUGUUUCCACAACAGCCAGGAGGAGGUGAAGGGCUCCGACUGCCUGG